CAAACGACGACCUCAUGCUGCAGAACGAGUCCCAGACCCUCGACGAGGCGACGAUGAACAUACAACCGGACAACAAGACCCGUCGGUAUGACCGCCAGCUGAGACUCUGGGCAGCGUCAGGCCAAGCUGCCCUCGAGUCUUCCCGUAUUCUCCUCACUUCGGGCUCUGCCACCUCGACCUCUAUCCUCAAGAACCUCGUAUUGCCCGGAAUCGGGCACUUUACCAUCCUCGAUGCGGCACGGACCACGCCUGCCGACGCAGGCAACAACUUCUUCCUCAACGCCGAUGCUAGCAUAGGCAAGUUCCGCGCGGAAGAGGCGGUGCCGCUCCUGCGCGAGCUCAACGAGAGCGUCGACGGCGUCGCGGACACUCGGGAACUCGAAGCGCUCCUCCAGACGGACGAGGGCCGGAAAUACCUCGCCUCGUUCACCCUCGUCAUUACGCACAACCUCCCUGCGAAGACUCUCGACCAGCUCGCCUCACUGCUCUGGCAGGACCCAACCUACCCGCCGCUCAUCGUCGUCCGCUCGGCUGGCUUCCUCGCCGACUUUUACAUCCAAUUACACGAACACUGCGUCAUCGAAUCUCACAGCGAGACAGCGCCCUCGCUGCGCCUGACAAAACCCUUCCCGGCGCUGCAGGCCUGGGCCGACACACUCGACUACGACAAGCUGGACCCGACCGAGCACGCACACGUCCCGUUCGCGCUCGUCCUCAUCAAGGAGGCAGACAAGUGGCGCGCCGAGCACGGCGGUGCGCUGCCCAGGGCGUACGCGGAGCAGAAGGCGUUCAAGGCCGCCGUGCGCGCGCGCCAGCGCAAACUUGACGAGGAGAACUACGAGGAGGCCGAGGCGCAGGCCGUGCGCAUGUGGUCCGAGAAGAGCAUCUCGAGCGACAUCCAGGCGCUCCUGGACCUCCCGCCUGUCGACCUCCGGACGUCACCCAACGCCGCGUUCCACGCGCUCCUUGAGGCCCUCCGCCUCUUUGUCCAGGACCCUGCGGGCCCUGGAAGCCUCCCGCUUACGUCGACGCUGCCGGAUAUGAAGACGGAUACGGAGAGCUACGUGAAACUACAGCGCAUGUACAAGGAGCAGGCGCGGGUGGAGAAUGCUUUGUUCAAGGAGAUCCUCAAGAAGAACUUCCCAGACCUGCGGAUCGAGGACGCAGUUGUGGACGCAUUCGUUAAGAAUGCACAUCACAUAAAGCUCCUGCGCGGUCGCCAGUCCGGAGGAUUCGACAAGGACAAGGAUGCCCUCGCGUCUGCGCUGCAGAUUUUCCCGAAAGAGACCGUCACACACCUCGCGCUAUCCGCGCUAAGCGAGCUCCUUGCGCGAGGGGCAGAGCCCGCGAGCAUCACCGCUGAGGCACUGACUGCAGAAGUCCACGCCCUCGUAGGGCAGGGCGUCGAGCUCCCAAAUGACGAGCUCGAGGCAGCUGCCGGCGAAGUUGUGCGCGCGCCGACGGCGGAUCUGCCGAACACGGCUGCGUUCCUCGGCGGCAUGGUCGCGCAGGAGGCGAUCAAGUUGCUCACGAAGCAAUACGUACCGGUGAACGGCUACUGCGUCAUUGACCUCGUUGACUCCUGGACUGGCAUCAUCGGUGCGCCAUGAGGGAGUGCUUUUGCGCGACAAGGAAAGAAGAGAUCGUGUACAUCGCCGACCAUAGUUGCUGGUUCAGAUGAGGCUGAUCUUUAACCUAACUGUAUAUCACCAUUCGCGACGAGAACAGCGAGUGCUCAGGACAAAUCAAUGCGUAGGGUAUACGAAGAGCGAGAUUGAAUAGCUACAGGAUGGAACGCGACGGCGUAGUCUGAUUGUUGAAUGGUGUGCUAGCAUGCGGAAGAGGCGGCAAGCGGCAUCGAAGUAUCUUCAAGAGAGCGGCGGGUAUGGGGGUAUACUCCAGGCAAAGUCGCCAUAGAAACAAGACAAACUGCGGCGAGGGCGGGGCAACGGGCCAGCGGGGCUCACCCUCCAGUGCAGCACAACAAAAAGACCAAAGAAAAAACGACUUCGAAACAACCCAGCCAGCUGCUGCCACAAACCCCUUCGCUCCAGGCACGCGUACACCCGCAGACCUUACGCUACGACACGAACGGCGUGCUUAGAGCUCGUCGCAGAAAGGAAGGUCGUCGUCGUCAUCGUCAUCAUCAUCAUCGUCGUCGUCGCUGUCGUCGCCGUCGUCGUCAUCGCUGCCGCCGGCGGUCGGUGAGGGGGCAGGUGUCGGGGACACAGUCGAAGAGGCGACCGACGGCACGGCGGGGGUCGCACCCGGGGGGAUAGCGGUGGCAGGGAUCACAGAGGGAGCAGGGGGCGCGCUAAAUUCAGACGCAACACAGAGAACCUCGCCAACAUAGAUGUUGGUGCAGUCAGCGUUGAUCUGCGCGUUGUUGGCCCACAGCAUGGUCGCGUUGACGCCAUGAUUGGACAUAACCUCGUCGCAGGUAUUGUUCGCCUGGACGACGUAGGUCGUCUGGCAGUCCUGGCCCUGGUAGCCAAGGCAAAGAUUCUGGCCGGGCUGGAGGUUGUUGCAGGUUCCGUCAAUUUGCGGGUUCGUGACCGCGAGCUGAUAGGUGGAGACAUUCUGUUCAGCAGAAAUGGAGUCACAGAUGUCGCCCGCUUGGAUGGUGUAAGAGCGCGCGCAGGCGGCGGCGGCGGCGGACUGGACAAAGAAGGGGAGGGCGACGAGAGCAGCAACGACCGAGCUGGCGAGCAUGGCUUCAAACGAUCUGAAAGGACUGCGUCGACUGUAAUGAAUGUGGGAACUGGCUAGUUAGAGAGAGGGAGAAAAGCAACCGCGAGAGGGUCGUGCGGGU